AUGUUUCGCUCGGUAAUGCCCACUGUUCACUCAACCGUCAACCAUGAGUGGCUCGACCAGGUUACUAUCAAGUAUCAUCUUGUUGAAGAAGACGAUGCUAUUUUUCCCGCUACGAACACCGUCAUUGAUCGAUCACCACCAUCUAAGGAUCUGGGCUCGAUGGCUUUUCACCUUCCAAUUCUUGAUGAUAGCUUUAUCUAUAGUGGUAGCAAUGGCAAUAGUUCUCACGAUAGGGUGCAAGAAAGUUCUGAAUCUUCGAUUGGGGUUCACGAAUAUUAUAAUAACAUGAAUGAUAGUAAUACUACCCCUAUUGUUACUAGGCCCAUGGUUAAUGUUGAUGGUGAUGUGCCCUUGGAUGAGAUGUAUAAGGUGAGAGAUGAACGAGUUUUUGUAAAAAAUGAGAAAGUUGUCUUGGAGAGCAAACUAGUAGGGUAUGAUGAUGUUGUCAAGGAAGUUUCGACAUUAAUGGCCAUAGUGGCAUCUCUUGAGUUGGAUAAGAUCCGGUUGUUGGAUAAUAUAUCUAUGUUAGAUCACGAUGUUCGGAAGCUGAAACGUGACUUAAAUGAGUUCACCCCGCAAAAUUCUGAUUUGCAAGCAAGUAUGGUGGGGUUAGAGAAUCAGCUGAGCAAAGUGAAUGGGGAUGUGACUUGGGUAUUAUCGCAUGAGAUCAUGAAGUUGGUUGACAAAAUUCUCACUGAAUCGUCAUUUUUUAAGGCCAAUCGUGAUCUGCAAUCCAUUUGUGUGGAUUUUGGUAGGAGGGCUGGCUAUGAGAUGAUGAACACUGAUUUUAAGAUGAGCCUUCAUGAAACCAAUCUUCCAUUAUAUGACCCCUCUCAUGUGAAAAAAAAUUGA